AUGGGCUACUUUACAGUCCGGAGGAAAUGGAUAUGGAGUUGCCUCUCCUCAGUUACAUACUCCUUCAAUAUUAAUGGAGUACCAAAAGAGUUUGUAAUCCCAAAAAGAGGAAUAAGACAAGGUGAUCCACUGUCACCUUAUCUUUUCCUUUUAUGUUCAGAAGGUUUCUCCAACUUAUUGAAGCAGGCUGAAGGAGAAAAAAGGAUCUUAGGGAUGAAGAUAAGUAGGAAUGGACCAAGCAUGACUCAUUUAUUUUUUGCUGACGAUUCAUUGAUCUUCUGUAAAGCUAACAGAGAGGAAGCCAGUGAACUCUUUCAAAUCUUGAGGAACUAUGAGAAGGGGUUAGGUCAAUCUAUAAAUCUGGAAAAGUCCUCAGUGUUCUUCAGUAGCAAUGUGAGUCAUUAG